GCGACACUGACUCGAGAUGACUCGUUAAGUCUGAAACUCUGAACAGUGAAAAGGUUAAAUUCCGUUUGUCACAUAAAAAUCAGGAUCAUCGGAUUGUACGAAAUAUCGAGAAAUGGGUCAAAACCAGUCAGGGGGUGGAAGCUCCGGAGGCGAUAAAAAGGACGACAAAGACAAGAAAAAGAAGUACGAGCCCCCGAUCCCGACGAGGGUAGGCAAGAAGAAAAAAAGGACGAAAGGGCCCGACGCUGCGACCAAAUUGCCACAAGUCACUCCGCACACAAAAUGCAGGUUGAAACUGCUUAAGCUUGAGAGGAUUAAGGAUUACCUGCUCAUGGAGGAGGAAUUCAUCAGGAACCAGGAAAGGCUCAAGCCCCAGGAAGAGAAAAACGAAGAAGAGAGGUCCAAGGUAGACGACCUGCGAGGGACCCCCAUGUCUGUCGGCAACCUUGAAGAAAUCAUAGACGACAACCAUGCAAUAGUUUCUACUUCUGUAGGUAGUGAACAUUACGUAAGUAUCUUGUCAUUUGUCGACAAGGAUCAGCUCGAGCCGGGCUGCUCUGUUCUUCUGAACCACAAGGUGCACGCAGUUGUCGGUGUGCUGUCCGAUGACACCGACCCAAUGGUAACAGUCAUGAAGCUUGAAAAAGCUCCACAGGAGACUUACGCAGACAUAGGUGGUCUUGAUACGCAGAUACAGGAGAUAAAGGAGUCCGUCGAGCUGCCGUUGACCCACCCCGAGUACUAUGAAGAGAUGGGCAUCAAGCCGCCUAAAGGAGUCAUACUCUAUGGACCACCUGGCACAGGUAAAACAUUACUCGCUAAAGCUGUAGCCAAUCAGACUUCAGCGACCUUCCUAAGAGUAGUCGGUUCAGAACUGAUACAGAAAUAUUUAGGUGAUGGUCCUAAAUUAGUAAGAGAGCUUUUCAGAGUCGCAGAAGAACACGCCCCGUCGAUAGUAUUUAUAGAUGAAAUCGACGCAGUAGGCACUAAAAGGUAUGAUUCGAAUUCAGGCGGUGAGAGGGAGAUACAGAGGACGAUGUUAGAACUGUUGAAUCAGCUCGAUGGCUUUGACUCGAGGGGCGAUGUCAAAGUUGUCAUGGCGACGAACCGUAUUGAGACCCUUGACCCAGCACUCAUCCGUCCAGGCAGGAUUGACAGGAAAAUCGAGUUCCCACUUCCGGAUGAGAAGACAAAGAGGAGGAUUUUCAAUAUUCACACUUCAAGGAUGACUCUCGCCGAAGAUGUCAAUCUUUCAGAGCUCAUCAUGGCCAAGGAUGAUCUAUCAGGAGCAGACAUUAAGGCUAUUUGUACCGAAGCUGGACUUAUGGCGCUUAGGGAACGCAGAAUGAAAGUUAAUAAUGAUGACUUCAAAAAGUCUAAAGAGUCGGUGCUUUAUCGCAAAAAAGAGGGAACACCCGAAGGAUUAUACUUAUAGAUUAUUUUUUGUCAUUUUGAUAUUUUUUCUCGUAUUCUAAUAAAUUAAUCUUGUUUUCUCUACA